AUGGCUGACCAAAAUUAUAACAUGUGGUCUAGCACUUUUCAUUAUACACCAAUGAGGCCUAUGAUUCCAGCUUAUGAUGCUAGAUUUGGAAUACCUUUUCCUCCUCCAACUUUACCUUUUACACAAAACAGAGAUACUGCUAAAACAACUCAACAAAAUUGGAUACAAUCACCUUAUCAGCAUAGCAAAUACGAGCCAAAUGUAAUCAUCAAUGAGUUUCCACCAUUACCAGAUGAUAUUGAUGAAGAAUAUGUUCGCAAGAAUUUGUGUACUGUUUUAGAAAAACCAAAAGAUGAGAUUUCACAAUGGAUUGAAAAUUGGUCAGCUAAUAAAAUAAACAAAGAAUAUCCUCAAAACAACGAUAAAUCUAUUAAUGAUGUUAAAAUAAAUGAUAUUAGUUUAAAAAUUAAAAAAUGCAAAGUUUUAUUUAAAAAUAUGAGCAACAUAAAACAAAAACUUGAAGCCAAUGUGUCAACAAUGACCAAAAAUGAAUGGGAACGAGAUUGUUCAAUUUGGAAAUCAAAUAAAGAUCAGCUAGAUGCAAUCAUCAAUACUUUAAAAUUAGAUAAAUAUGAUAUAUCAGUAUUAAAAUAUAAAUUAAAGAAACGAAAAAAAAAACGAAAUAGGUUGAAAAAUUCAAAAAAACAUCUAAAAGUUUUAAAAUUACAACUUAAAGAUGAAACUGAAAACUUAAACGCACAGAUUGAAUCAUGGCAAAAUGCUAUUAAAGAUAACAUUUUAAAGUUAAAAUUGAUUGAAGAAACAAAAUUUGAAACCAGUGCUGUUCUCAAAUGUGUUAAAGGAAAAAUAGAUGAUGCGAAAAAUCAAUUAUCAUUAUUUGAUAAUUUGGAUAAACUAAGAAAGUUUAGGCUUCAAAACUGUGCCAAUCAAAGAAAAAAUAUCAGAUUAGAAGAAAUUCUAAAUAAAUUGAAACUAAUUUGGCAAGAAAAACUUACACUGUACCAAAAUGAAGAAUUGGAGUUAAAAGAGAUGCUUGACAAAUCGAAGAUACAAAAAAAUUUAAUAAAAGAAAUUGAAGAUCAAGAAAAAAUAAAUGAUUGGAACAAAGUUUUAUUUGGUCUUGAUAUUAAGAGUGAAGUAAUAUUUAAUUCGCCUGAAUUAUUUUUUAAAAUAAGGCAAGAUUGGGAUAAAUAUAUUAUACCUGAAAACAGUACACAAACAAGAAACAGUAGUUGUAUACCAAUAGGUUGGAUAGUACCAUCUUCACCUACCAACUUAAGCUGGGCUGCUCAUUUAGAAAAGACAGAUUUAAAAUAAACCCAUUUAAAUACUUUAUUAAUAAAUAAUACUUUUAUUAUUAUUACAAUUUUCUUUGUCAUUUUGUAUAAAUAGAUAUAAAUUAACCUAUA